AGCCACUAAAGAAUACAAAGAUACCAUUGAAGAAUUUGCUAGAAGAGAAAGCCCACCUCCUAUUCCACAGCUGCCUUAUACUAUGAAUAGUGAACAGAAAAAAAUAAGGACCAACUAUCUUUUUUUGAAGAAAUGUGUUGAAAAUAAUCCAGUGGUACCAAUUCAGCAGGAGUGGUUAACCUCAAUGUUGACUUUGGUACCUCAGCAUCUAAUGGAAGGAAAGGGCAGAGAAAAACUAGUGGAAGAGCUGUUAGCUGAAAUAACAAGUGAUUAUGAAAACAGCAUGAAGAGAUAUAUGGUGCGGAGUGUACUUAUCAAACCUGAUGUAAAACUGCUUGAAUAUGAAAAAGAAGAACCUUUGCCAGUUGAACCUGUUGGUUUAGAUUUUUCCAGGCCUUGGCACAAAAGCUUUAUACAAGCAAGAAAACAAAUUCUUGAAAAUUUACACAUUCUCCAUCCAACUCUAAGAAUUUUACUGGAUAUUGGUUACAAGACAUUUUCUAAUUUACUUAUAGUAGAUUUGUCAUCUUUCAGAUCAAGAGGUCCACUUGAAUGUGAAUCACUUCAGACUGAUGUGUCUAUAAACUGCUUAAAAACGGAAGAAAAGAUAUUAAACACAUGGUAUCCAAGGGUCAUCAAUCUCUUCACAAGAAAAGAAGCACUGGAGGGUGUAAAGCAUGACAAAAUUGAUUCUUUUUAUAACUGCGUGACUACACUUAUGUCUAAUCAGCUGAAGGAACUAUUGAAAAGAACUGUUGAGGCUUAUGUGCAAUUGUUUGAUUUUGAAGAUCAAAGGUGGUUGCCUUUGUUUAAGAUGGAGCUGACUUUUGAUGAUGAAAAAAUGGACUUCUACCCAAGCUUUCGAGAUCUGGAGGAUGCUAUUUUAUUUAUAGUCACUUUGAUUGCACAAACUUUGCAGAAUGUCCAGACUAUACAUUCUUGGUUAGGUGGUACAACCACAAUUUCAACUAUUGAUACUGAACUUCCUGAGCAUGUUAUAUCAUGGGCAUCUUCUGUGUUGAAGAAAGCAGUUUGUGAAAACUUGAAAGGUGUAAAAGCACAUUUUGAUUCUUAUGUAGAGAAGUAUGGUUGGCUAGUAGAUGGUGCUGCAGAUAACCGUAUAAGAACAUUUGUAGCUGAGGAACAUAACUUCGAAGAGUAUGCAGAGUUUAUAGAUGAAUUCUUGGAUCUUGCAAAGGAAAUAAUGAGCUUGCCAAUGAUAGCUCAUUUUCCCAUGGUGCGUUUAGACUGCGAAGAUUUAAAACAUGGUUUGGCUGAAAAAGCAAAAAGCUUUGCACAUAAACUACUGGACGUAAUAGUAGGAAAUCACAACACAGAAAAUAAAUCGAUAUGCAGUGAAUUUGAAACCAUUAAAGAACGUGCGUUAAAAGUUCCUGAGACAACAGAAGAAAUGAUGGAAAGUAUAGCCUAUAUAGAUAAGGCUAAGACUGUAGGUAUUCAGCAGCUGUACGAAAGGAUCAAGGAAUGCCAGCGGCGAUUGAAUUAUCUCCUAGAUGUAUAUUUAUUUCACCCAGAAGACCUGACACUGAAUGCAACUGUCCUAUUAUGGCCUCAGAAUAUUAAUCCCGUCUUUGAUGAAAAUGAUGAUAUUAUUGAAAUGUCUAAACGUAAAGGUGAAAAUGAGUUGUUGGCCAAACGUGAGAAACUGAUUCUGGAAAUAGAAAGGCAGACCCGUCGUAUGCAGGAGUUCACAGAAUACUCUGAUCUGGAUCGCAUGCAACAGUAUGUCACUGACAUGAGAACACUGCAGAAACGCAUACAAGAUGCUGAUGAAACUGUUGCAUUUAUUAAUAAAGAAGAGAAGCUUUUAAAUUGGGAAAUAACGGAAUAUCCCGAUUUGGAAACUUUAAAAGUUAACAUCGAGCCAUACCAAAAACUUUUUGUUUUUAUACUGAAAUGGCAACGGACUGAAAAAAGAUGGAUGGAUGGUGCUUUUUUAGAUCUCAAUGGGGAAAAGAUGGAAAGUGAAGUGGAUGAGUUUUUUCGUGAAAUUUAUAAGACAUUAAGGUUCUUUCAACAAAAGCUGAAGAAAGCUGAAAUAGAAAGAAAAAAAUCAGUGCGCAGAGCCGUUGUGGAAGAGAGGGUAGAGGAAGAAAAAAAGGACAGUCCAACCAUUUCAAUGUGUUCUGCAGUCAUGGAGCAGGUUAAAGAUUUCAAAGAAAAUAUUCCUUUGGUGACUAUUCUUUGUAACCCAGGAAUACGGGCCCGUCAUUGGAAACAAAUGUCAGAAAUUGUUGGGUAUGAUUUAACUCCAGAUUCUGGAACUACCCUGAGAAAAGUUUUGAAGCAGAACUUAACCCCGUACUUAGAACAAUUUGAAACCAUAAGUAUGGGGGCAAGCAAGGAAUUCUCAUUAGAGAAAGCAAUGCACACUAUGUUGGAAGUUUGGGAGUCAAUUUCCUUCCAAAUAAGCUUGUAUCGGGAGACUGGAGUGAAUAUUCUGUGUGCAGUUGAUGAAAUUCAAACUAUUCUGGAUGACCAGAUUGUAAAAACACAAACAAUGAGAGGAUCGCCUUUCAUCAAACCAUUUGAAAAACAAAUAAAGGAAUGGGAGGACCGCUUGAUUAGAAUUCAAGAAACUAUUGAUGAAUGGUUGAAAGUGCAGGCUCAGUGGCUGUACUUGGAACCAAUCUUUUCUUCUGAGGACAUAAUGCAACAGAUGCCAGAGGAGGGACGCCAGUUCCUGACUGUGGACAGAUAUUGGAAAGACAUUAUGAAAUACUGUGCCAAAGACCCCAAGGUUCUUGCUGCUACUUCACUGACAGGCUUGUUAGAAAAGCUUCAGAAUUGUAAUGAACUUCUGGACAAAAUAAUGAGAGGACUGAACGCGUAUCUUGAGAAGAAGCGGCUCUUCUUUCCCCGGUUUUUUUUCUUGUCUAAUGACGAAAUGCUGGAAAUCCUAUCAGAGACUAAAGACCCUCUGAGAGUCCAGCCUCACCUGAAAAAGUGCUUUGAGGGCAUUGCUAAACUGGAAUUUCUUUCAAAUCUGGACAUUAAGUCAAUGUAUAGCACUGAAGGUGAACGCGUGGAGCUUAUUUCAACCAUUUCAACUUCUGAAGCCCGAGGGGCUGUGGAGAAGUGGUUAAUACAAGUAGAAGAUAUAAUGCUGAAGAGUAUACAUGAUGUCAUAACAAGAUCGAGACUGGCAUAUCCAGAAAGAGAAAGAAAAGAUUGGGUGAGAGAAUGGCCUGGUCAAGUGGUUCUGUGUGUCUCACAGAUGUUCUGGACAAGUGAAGUACAUGACGCCAUAGCUAGUGGCUCACAGGGGUUACAGAAUUAUUACGAUAACUUACAGCUUCAGCUAAAUGAUAUUGUAGAACUGGUAAGGGGGAAGUUGUCUAAACAAACAAGAACCACACUGGGUGCUUUGGUCACUAUUGAUGUGCAUGCUAGAGAUGUUGUCAUGGAAAUGAUAGAAAGUGGGGUAUCUCAUGAAACGGAUUUUCAGUGGCUUGCUCAGCUGCGGUAUUACUGGGAGUAUGAGAAUGUUCGUGUGCGCAUCAUCAACUGCAAUGUAAAAUAUGCUUAUGAAUAUCUUGGCAACUCUCCUCGACUUGUAAUUACUCCUCUUACAGACAGAUGUUACCGCACUCUGAUUGGAGCUUUUUACUUAAAUCUUGGCGGUGCUCCGGAGGGCCCAGCUGGGACAGGUAAAACAGAGACCACCAAAGAUCUGGCUAAAGCUCUUGCUGUGCAGUGUGUUGUCUUCAACUGUUCUGAUGGCCUUGAUUACCUAGCCAUGGGAAAGUUUUUCAAGGGUUUGGCCUCUUCAGGUGCUUGGGCCUGCUUUGAUGAAUUCAAUCGCAUUGAACUGGAAGUGCUAUCUGUGGUGGCUCAGCAGAUCCUCUGCAUCCAGAGAGCUAUCCAGAUGAGGCUGGAGACAUUUAAUUUCGAAGGGACUGAACUGAAACUUAAUCCCAACUGUUUUGUUGCUAUUACUAUGAAUCCAGGUUAUGCAGGUCGUUCUGAACUGCCAGACAAUCUCAAGGUUCUUUUUCGAACAGUGGCCAUGAUGGUUCCUAACUAUGCCCUCAUUGCUGAAAUCUCUCUGUACUCUUACGGGUUUCUGAAUGCUAAGCCACUAUCAGUGAAAAUAGUAAUGACCUACAGAUUAUGCUCUGAACAACUUUCAUCUCAGUUCCAUUACGACUAUGGUAUGCGUGCAGUCAAAGCUGUAUUAAUAGCUGCUGGUAACCUAAAACUGAAAUUCCCAUCAGAGAAUGAGGAUAUACUUCUCCUCCGAUCAAUCAAAGAUGUGAACGAGCCUAAAUUUUUGUCACAUGACAUACCUCUGUUCAUGGGUAUUACAAGUGAUUUAUUCCCAGGUGUUAAACUUCCUGAAGCAGAUUACAAUGAUUUUUUAGAAUGUGCAAAUGAAUGCUGUAAACAACAUAAUGUCCAGCCUGUUAAAGUUUUUCUAGACAAGAUGAUACAGACUUAUGAAAUGAUGAUAGUUCGACAUGGUUUUAUGCUUGUAGGCGAGCCUUUUGCUGGUAAGACCAAAGUUUUGCAUGUGUUAGCAGACACUCUUUCCCUUAUGAAUCAACGAGGGUAUGGAGAAGAAGAAAGGGUAAUGCACAGAACUGUGAAUCCGAAAGCUAUAACUAUGGGACAACUUUUUGGUCGAUUUGACCCAGUAUCUCAUGAGUGGUCAGAUGGCAUCGUUGCCAACACUUUCCGAGAAUUUGCUCUAAUGGAGACACCUGAUCGUAAAUGGGUUGUUUUUGAUGGUCCCAUCGAUACCCUUUGGAUAGAGAGCAUGAACACAGUGUUGGACGACAACAAAAAGCUUUGUUUGAUGAGUGGAGAAAUCAUUCAAAUGUCCCCUCAGAUGAGCCUAAUUUUUGAAACUAUGGACCUGUCUCAGGCUUCACCUGCUACAGUCAGUCGUUGUGGAAUGAUCUACUUGGAGCCUUUGCAACUGGGCUGGAAGCCACUUGUGACAUCUUGGUUAAGUAAUCUUCCUGAACCCCUGGAUCAAAAGGAGUAUCAAGAACUUUUCCUAGAUCUUUUCAACUGGUUAACACCACCUGCAUUACGAAUACGUCAGAAAAAAUGCAAGGAGUUAGUUCCCACCAGCAACAGCAAUAAUGUUGUCGCUCUUACUCGACUAUUGGAAAUGCUGCUUUGUGAUACUGUGCAGAAGGAUCCUACCAAUAAAAACAUCUACAAAUGGAUUAUGGGUUGCUUUGCUUUCUCCGUGAUUUGGUCCAUUGGUGCUACUUGUGAUGGUGAUGGCCGAAGUGUGUUUGAUAACUUCAUAAGGGAUAUUCUCAUAGGGAAGAUAGAUGAACACCCGGUGCCAGCAUCAGUGGGCAAAUGGGACCAUCCAUUUGAAGAGAAAGGCUUGGUGUAUGAUUAUAUGUUUGAGAUGAAAGGCAAAGGCCGUUGGGCACAUUGGAAUGAGUUCAUUAAAACCAUCCAUUACGGUGAUAAGAAUCUUAAGAUUCAAGAUAUUAUCGUCCCAACGAUGGAUACAGUCAGAUACACUUAUUUGAUGGACUUGUGCAUUCAAUAUGGAAAGCCUCUACUUUUUGUUGGACCAACAGGUACUGGGAAAUCUGUAUAUGUGAAAGACAAGCUAAUGCACCAUUUAGAAAAGGAACUCUAUUUCCCUUUCUUUGUCAAUUUUUCAGCUCGAACCAGUGCCAAUCAGACUCAGAACAUUAUCAUGGCAAGGCUGGACAAAAGACGUAAAGGAAUAUUUGGACCACCAAUGGGAAAGAAAUGUAUCAUCUUUGUAGAUGAUAUGAAUAUGCCUGCAUUGGAGCAAUAUGGAGCUCAGCCGCCUAUUGAACUUUUAAGACAGUUUUUUGACCAUGGAAUCUGGUAUGACUUAAAAGACACAAAUAAAAUUGUACUUGUUGAUGUGCAGUUAAUGGCUGCCAUGGGUCCACCAGGUGGUGGAAGAAACCCAGUUACACCUCGCUUUCUGAGACACUUCAAUAUUUGCACCAUUAACACCUUCAGUGAUGAAACAAUGGUCCGGAUUUUCUCUACUGUUGUGUCUUUCUACCUCAGAGCAAAUGAAUUUCUUCCAGAAUAUUUCACAAUUGGAAACCAAAUUGUUAGUGGCACUAUGGAGGUAUAUAAGAAAGCUAUGGAAAAUCUAUUGCCAACACCCGCCAAAUCCCAUUAUACAUUCAAUCUGCGUGACUUUUCACGAGUUAUCCUAGGCUGUUUGCUUAUUAAGAAGGAUUCAGUACUAAACAAGCAUACAAUGGUUCGGCUCUUUGUGCAUGAAGUAUUUCGAGUAUUUUAUGACCGCCUUGUGGAUGAUACUGAUAGAGCUUGGUUAUUCAAGCUAAUGAAAGAAAUUGUGAAAGAACAUUUCAAAGAAGCAUUUGAUUCAGUGUUUGCACACCUGAGACAAGGAAACGCACCUGUAACUGAAGAAGAUAUGAGAAAUCUGCUGUUUGGAGACUACAUGAAUCCUGAUCUUGAAGGAGAUGAAAGAAUUUAUUUUGAAAUUCCAAAUAUACAAAUGUUCAGUGAUGUUGUGGAUCUGUGUUUGGAUGAAUAUAACCAAACACACAAAACAAGAAUGAACCUGGUCAUUUUUAGGUAUGUACUGGAACAUUUAUCUCGCAUAUGUCGUGUGCUCAAGCAGUCGGGAGGUAAUGCCUUACUUGUUGGAAUGGGAGGAAGUGGGCGCCAAUCCUUGACUCGUUUGGCUACAUCCAUGGCAAAAAUGAAUAUUUUCCAGCCAGAAAUCUCAAAGAGCUAUGGAAUGAAUGAGUGGAGGGAAGAUAUAAAGACUCUUUUCAGAAGCGCAGGCAUGAAGGGCUUGAAAACUGUGUUUCUAAUCACAGACACACAGAUUAAAGAUGAAGGAUUUUUGGAAGACAUUGAUAGCGUGCUUAACACUGGAGAAGUCCCCAACCUUUUUGCAGCUGAUGAGAAACAAGAAGUUAUGGAGGGUGUCCGUGCAGUAGCCCAGGCAGGCAGUAAACAUGAAGAACUCGGUCCCUUGGCCUUAUAUGCUUUCUUUGUGAAUCGCUGCAAAGACAAUCUCCAUGUUGUGGUAGCUUUCAGUCCAAUUGGAGAUGCUUUUCGCAACCGUCUGCGACAGUUCCCAUCUCUCAUCAACUGCUGUACUAUUGACUGGUUCCAGCCAUGGCCUGAAGAUGCUCUUGAACGCGUUGCUGUUAAGUUCUUGGAAAAGCUUGAACUCACGGAAAAUGAACGUCAAGAAGUUGUUCCUAUCUGUAAACACUUCCAUACGUCUGUGUUGUCACUUUCUGAAAGGUUUUUGCAUGAGUUAGGACGACAUAACUAUGUUACUCCUACUUCCUACCUUGAACUCAUUGCUUCCUUUCAACAACUUUUGACCCAGAAACGAGAUGCUAUCAUGAAGGCAAAAAGAAGAUACACCAAUGGCUUAGACAAAUUAGCAUUUGCUGAAUCUCAGGUUGGUGAAAUGAAGAAAGAACUGGUUAAUCUACAGCCUAAACUGGAGCAGGCUAAAGUUGACAAUGCAAAUAUGAUGAAGGUUAUAGAGAAAGAGUCUGCAGAAGUUGAAGCAAAAAGCAAAACUGUAAAAAUAGAUGAAGAGCUUGCUACAGAAAAAGCAGCAGAAGCCCAAGCACUGAAGAAUGAAUGUGAGAGUGACCUUGCAGAGGCAAUUCCGGCCUUGGAGGCAGCACUGUCCGCACUUGACACUCUGAAGCCUGCAGAUAUUACAAUUGUAAAAUCAAUGAAGAAUCCACCUUCAGGUGUUAAACUUGUUAUGGCUGCCAUCUGUGUCAUGAAGGAUAUAAAACCAGAAAAAGUUGCAGACCCUUCAGGAAUUGGAGGCAAGAUUUUAGACUACUGGGGGCCCAGCAAAAAACUUUUGGGUGACAUGAAUUUCCUAAGAGAUUUGAAAGAGUAUGAUAAGGAUAACAUUCCUGUAUCUGUGAUGCAGAAGAUCCGUUCUGAGUAUUUAACUAAUCCUGAGUUCGAUCCACCCAAAGUGGCUAAAGCAUCCUCAGCUGCAGAAGGUUUAUGUAAAUGGAUUAUGGCAAUGGAAGUUUAUGACAGAGUAGCAAAGGUGGUUGCUCCUAAGAAAGCCCGUUUAGCAGAAGCACAGCAGUCAUUAGCGCAGACGAUGGCACUACUAAAUCAGAAGAGAGAUGAACUUAAAGCUGUUGAAGAUCGUUUGGACGCUUUACAACAAACUUUUUCUGAGAAAACUGAAGAAAAAGCUCAGCUAGAAUUUCAGGUGGAUUUAUGUGCUAAAAAGCUAGAAAGAGCAGAAAAGCUGAUUGGAGGACUUGGUGGAGAAAAAUCAAGAUGGUCUAAUGCUGCAAAUGAUCUUCAAAAUACAUAUGACAAUUUAACAGGAGAUGUGCUAGUAUCAGCUGGAGUAAUAGCUUAUUUGGGUGCUUUCACUGCUGGCUUUCGCCAAGACUGUACCAAAGACUGGAGCAAACUGUGUAAGGAGAAAAAUAUACCUUGUUCUGAAGUCUUCUCUUUGAGUAAAACACUUGGUGACCCGAUAAAAAUAAGAGCCUGGAAUAUCGCAGGUCUUCCAACAGACCAGUUUUCUAUAGAUAAUGGUGUGAUUGUUGACAAUUCUAGACGUUGGCCAUUAAUGAUUGAUCCCCAAGGUCAAGCAAAUAAAUGGAUUAAAAACUCUGAAAGAGAGAACAGGCUGAGUGUCAUAAAGUUCACAGACACAGACUACAUGAGAACUCUAGAAAACUGCAUUCAGUUUGGGACUCCACUUCUGCUUGAAAAUGUUGGGGAAGAAAUAGAUCCUUCCCUAGAACCACUGCUGUUGAGACAGACUUUUAAACAAGGGGGCAUGGAUUGCAUUCGGCUUGGAGAGACAAUUAUCGAAUACUCCUUUGAUUUCAAAUUUUAUAUUACUACCAAAUUAAGGAAUCCACAUUAUUUGCCUGAACUGGCUACAAAGGUUUCUUUACUCAACUUCAUGAUUACUCCUGAAGGACUUGAAGAUCAGCUUCUAGGUAUUGUUGUUGCAAAAGAGAGACCAGAAUUAGAGGAGGAACGGAAUGCUCUUAUCCUCCAGUCAGCUGCCAAUAAGAAACAACUGAAAGAUAUAGAAAAUAAAAUUUUAGAAACGUUACAGUCUUCUGAAGUAAAUAUUUUAGAAGAUGAAAGUGCAAUUAUGAUCUUAGACUCAGCCAAAAUAAUGUCUAAUGAAAUUACAAAGAAACAGCAGAUUGCAGAAAAAACAGAAAUUAAAAUAGCACAGUCUCGAGAAGGCUAUAGACCUAUUGCGAAGCAUUCCUCUGUGCUGUUCUUCAGUAUUGCUGAUCUAGCUAAUAUUGACCCUAUGUACCAAUAUUCUCUCACAUGGUUUGUAAACCUUUACAUCAACUCUAUUCAUGACAGUAACAAGUCCAAAAUCUUGGAAAAAAGGCUUCGAUAUCUGAAUGACCAUUUUACAUACAACUUGUAUUGCAAUGUUUGUCGUUCCCUGUUUGAGAAGGAUAAGCUGCUAUUUUCAUUUUUACUUUGCUGUAAUCUUCUAAUGGCUAGGAAAGAAAUGGAGCAUCAAGAAUUUAUGUUUUUAUUAACUGGAGGAGUCGGCCUCAAGAGCAAGUACAAGAAUCCCGAUCCAUCUUGGCUACAAGAUAAAAGCUGGGAUGAAAUAUCUCGUGCAAGUGAUAUGUCUGCUUUCAAAGGACUGCGGAAUCAUGUAGCUGCACAACUCAAUGACUGGCGUAAAAUCUAUGACAGUAAAGAACCACAGAAUGUCCCCUUACCAAGACCAUGGGAUACAAAUUUGAAUGAGAUCAAAAAGAUGAUUAUUCUCAGAUGCCUGAGACCUGAUAAGAUUGCACCAGCUAUAACUACAUUUGUGACUGACAAACUUGGAAAGAAAUUUGUUGAGCCACCCCCAUUUGAUCUGACAAAAAGUUACUUGGAUUCUAAUGCUACUAUCCCUCUGAUCUUUGUGCUGUCUCCUGGGGCAGAUCCAAUGGCCAGUCUUCUGAAAUUUGCCACUGAUAAAAAUAUGACUGGAAACAAAUUUCAGUCCAUCUCUCUGGGCCAAGGGCAAGGACCAAUAGCUGCAAAAAUGAUAAGAGAAGGAAUGGAGGAGGGAACCUGGGUUUGUCUACAAAACUGCCACCUUGCUGUUUCCUGGAUGCCGAUGCUAGAGAAAAUCUGUGAAGAGUUUAAUGGUGAAACUUGCCAUCCAGGCUUCAGACUCUGGCUGACAAGUUAUCCAUCACCUAAGUUUCCAGUAACCAUUCUACAGAAUGGUGUAAAGAUGACAAAUGAGCCUCCGACAGGUCUUCGGUUAAAUAUGCUUCAGUCCUACCUCUCUGAUCCUCUUUCCGAUCCUGCUUUCUUUGCUGGGUGCCCUGGAAAGGAACUGAGAUGGGAGAAAUUGCUCUUUGGAGUUUGUUUUUUUCAUGCUCUUGUUCAAGAAAGGAAGAAGUUUGGGCCUCUUGGAUGGAAUAUUCCAUAUGGAUUCAAUGAAUCAGACCUGCGUAUCAGUGUGAGACAGUUGCAGCUGUUUAUAAAUGAAUAUGAGCAUGUCCCAUUUGAAGCAAUAACUUACCUUACGGGUGAAUGCAACUAUGGAGGAAGAGUAACAGAUGAUUGGGACAGACGCCUGCUUCUGACUAUGCUUGCUGAUUUUUACAACCCAGAAGUAAUUGAAAAUCCCCGGCAUCUCUUUUCUCCUAGUGGCAACUACUAUGCUCCACCAAAGGGCACUUACGAUGAUUACAUUGAAUUUAUUAAGAAUCUCCCUGUCAGUCAACAGCCAGAAGUGUUUGGCCUGCAUGAUAAUGUAGAUAUAUCAAAGGAUCUCCAGCAAACCAAAAUCCUCUUUGAGUCUUUGAUCCUGACACAAGGAGGAAGCACCCAAGGAGGAUCUUCCGGUAGUGGUGACAGUACAUUAUAUGAAAUUGCAGAUGACAUCCUCAGCAAGCUUCCAGGUGAUUAUGAUAUUGAAGCCGCACUGCUUAAAUAUCCUGUGAUAUAUGAAGAAAGUAUGAAUACUGUGCUGGUACAAGAAAUGGAGCGCUUUAACAAUUUAAUAUGCACCAUACGUACAACUUUGAUAAAUUUGAAGAAAGCUAUUAAAGGACUGGUAGUGAUGGAUUCAGAGCUAGAAGCCCUUUCUGGCAGUCUCCUUGUUGGAAAAGUUGCAGAAAAUUGGGCCAAACGUUCGUACCCAAGCCUGAAACCAUUGGGGAGUUAUAUUCUUGAUUUUCUAGCUAGGCUCAAGUUUUUGCAGGAUUGGUAUAACUCUGGAAAGCCCUGUGUGUUCUGGCUGUCAGGAUUCUUUUUCACACAAGCAUUUUUAACUGGAGCGAUGCAGAAUUAUGCUCGGAAGUAUACCAUCCCUAUUGAUCUACUGGGAUAUGAAUUUCAGGUUAUUCCUAAAGACACUUCAAAUGUUGCUCCAGAAGAUGGUGUUUAUAUCCACGGAUUAUUUUUAGAUGGGGCUCGCUGGGACAGAGCAAGAGGCCUUCUAGGUGAACAACACCCUAAGAUACUCUUUGACACGAUGCCGAUUAUUUGGAUAAAACCAACAAAAAAAGCAGACAUAAAGAAAACAAAUGCCUACAUGUGUCCGCUCUACAAGACAAGUGAACGUAAAGGAACCCUUUCAACCACUGGGCAUUCUACUAACUUUGUUAUUGCAUUAAUGCUAUUAACUGAUAAACCAGUCCAGCACUGGAUUAAAAGAGGGGUUGCUCUGCUUUGCCAGCUAGAUGACUGAUUCUGUAAGAUUUGGAAUCAAACAAGGCAGGAGUGCAUAUGUUUGUAUCCUUUCGUUAAACAACCAGCUUUUGAUAACACGAGUUUCUAAAUUUAUUGCACUACAUAGUCAUUAUUUCUCUGUAAAAAUGUG